UUAUCAUUCGUCUCGUCAUCGGUUACUGCGAUCGCCCCAGCAGAAGCCAGAAGCCAGUGGGUGGCGAAAGGUGCUGGGCGCGAAUUCUAUCUGCCGCCGAGUUCAAACAGAGGUCAUUCGAUUAUUGCUCCCUUUCACUUUUUCGAUUCGAUUUCAUCACUUCGAGUGUUUGUGUUUUGGGUCGUUUUAGUUCGGAAGAAGCUUAGAAUUCGAAACGAUUCAUCAUGGAGCUGAUCGGAAACGUAAAGAACUACGACUGGGGCAAGUUGGACACGGAUUCGUACGUGGCCAAGUUGGCAUCGGCAAACGAUGGAAGCUUUAGGGCGGAAAAAGGGAAGCCGUACGCCGAACUCUGGAUGGGAGAUCACUGUAGUGGACCUUCGCUGGUCAAGGCGAGUGGUGGAGAAGAACUGGGCGGUUACAUUCAGAAGGAUUUGGUGGGAAAUAUUGGAGCGGGGCAGAAUAAAUUGUCCUAUCUGUUCAAGGUGCUGAGCAUCCGGAAAGCACUCAGCAUUCAGGUGCACCCUAACAAGGAAGAAGCUGAAAAGCUACAUGCCCAAUUCCCCGAUGUAUACAAGGACCCGAACCACAAACCGGAGCUGGCAAUCGCAUUGACGGAUUUCCAAGCCAUGUGUGGUUUCCGACCGUACGAAGAAAUUCACCGAUUGCUCUCCAGUUGGCCCGAGAUCGAAAACUUACUCGGCAAGGACAAAAUCGGGAGCUUUGCUUCGGGUGGAGAAGCAGCUCUAAAGAAUCUCUACGCGUCGCUAAUGCACAGUAAACCUGAAGAUCUGGAGCGAUGCAUAUCCGGAAUGGUGGCAAAAAUCACCUCCAAGCUCGAUCGAUCCGAGCUAGAUAAUCUAUUCCUACAGUUGCACAAGGAUUUCCCCAACGAUGUGGGCCUCUUAUCAAUCUACUUCCUCAACGUUCUGCACCUGAAACCCGGCCAGGCAAUCUACCUGGCAGCUAACGUUCCCCACGCGUACAUUUCCGGCGACUGUAUCGAGUGCAUGGCCUGUUCGGACAACGUGGUCCGAGCCGGACUUACCCCAAAGUUCAAAGACGUGGACACCCUGCUGCGGUUGGUCAGUUACGAGGGCGCACCAGCCGAGGACAAGCUCUACCAACCGGUCCAGCUGGAUCGGGACAACCAACCGCACACCAGAACGUUCAUUCCGACGGUGCCGGACUUUGCCGUGGCGGAGAUCAAGGUCCCCAAGGGGGUUUCCCAGUACAGCGUGACCAACAGGCCGCACGGAUGUAUUCUGUUGGUUUGCUCCGGUAAGGCUACCAUGAAGGCGGAUGGCCUCGGGGUGGUUCCGCUGGAGUUUGGCAGGAUUGUGUUCGUUCCGGCCAAGGCCGGUCCCACACUGGAGCUGCAGAUUGAUGAGAGCCAGGGUGAGUUCGUGGCUUAUCAGGCGAUGAGCAAUGAUUUCUGAAAAGCGUGUAAUGUGAUUUUGUUGAGUUGAUAUUUAAUUGUACUUUUCAGUUUAUAAAAUUGAAAUAAAUUAUCCAUUGUUCUGAA